AUGGGGCGUGGCGACGGACACGACGACGCGCUGCGGCGGUGGCUGCGGGAAGCGGGCGGGUGGCUGGUGGUCGACGGGGCCCUGGGCACGGAGCUGGAGGCGCACGGCGCGGACCUGCAGGACGAGCUCUGGAGCGCCCGGUGCCUCGUCUCCGCUCCCCACCUCAUCCGCAAGGUCCAUCUGGACUACCUCGACGCAGGCGCCAACAUCAUAACCACGGCCUCCUACCAGGCCACGCUGCAGGGGUUCCAGUCGCGAGGCGUGUCGAGGGAGCAGGGCGAGGCGCUGCUCCGGCGGAGCGUGCAGAUCGCGCAGGAGGCGCGCGCCAUCUUCGUGGAAGGCCGGUCGAAAGGCCCCUACGCCGCGCGCGAUGAGUACGACGGCGUGGCGUCCAGAGCGCACCGGCCCGUGCUCGUGGCGGCCUCCGUCGGGAGCUACGGGGCGUACCUCGCGGACGGCUCCGAGUACACCGGGGACUAUGGCAGAUCCGUCACCAAGGAAGCGCUCAAGAACUUCCACAGGAGGCGGCUCCAGGUGCUGGCGGACGCAGGGCCGGAUCUCAUCGCCUUCGAGACCAUCCCAAACAAGCUGGAAGCACAGGCUUACGCUGAGCUGUUGGAGGAGAACGACAUCAGGAUUCCCGCCUGGUUCUCCUUCACCUCCAAGGACGGGGCCAACGCGGCGAGCGGUGACCCCAUCACCGAGUGCGCCGCCGUCGCCGACUCCUGCAGGAGGGUGGCCGCCGUCGGGAUAAACUGCACGGCUCCCAGGCUAAUCCAUGGCCUCGUCCUCUCCAUUAGCAAGGUGACGAGCAAGCCGAUCGUGGUGUACCCCAACACCGGGGAGACGUACGUGGCCGAGACCAAGGAGUGGGUGGUGAGUUCUGACUCGGCUGCUGCUGGUGGUGGUGUUGCGGGGACGGACUUCGUGUCGUGCGUCGGCAAGUGGAGGCAGGCAGGAGCUUCCCUCGUGGGAGGGUGCUGCAGGACGGGCCCGGCGACGGUGAGGGCCAUCGCGCGGGCGCUGCGGGAGGAGGAUGCUGCCGCCGACGCCGAUACCGACGAUGACUACCCUGCCGUGGCCGUCCUGUAG